GGAACGAGAGGAAGAAUUAGCUUGUGUGUUUAUGUGGCUGUGCUCCAGUAAAUAUUUUGAUGCAUCUGCUGCCAGUUCUGGUCUGAGGGAAUCUACCUAGCAUUUAAAUUUUGAUGGGGAGCUGUUUUGAAUAAUAACAGUGCAGCCGGCUGUGAGUCAGUGCAUGUGUGUUGACUGAAAAAAAUCUCAAAGCUUAACGCUUGCUGAAUGCUGAGCUGCAGUGCUUUGCUUUUUCCCUCCUCCUUUUUCUAGUAGAUAUUCCAAAUAGAUUUUGGUUCAUUGAGGGGUGGGGGGAGGAACCCAAACAAAACCCCCCAAAACUCACAAGUAGCUUUUGAAAUGGGUGCAGUAAUGGGUACAUUCUCUUCUCUACAAACCAAACAAAGAAGACCUUCGAAAGAUAAAAUUGAAGAUGAAUUAGAAAUGACAACAGUGUGCCACCGGCCUGAAGGACUGGAACAGCUUGAAGCACAAACCAAUUUCACAAAGAGAGAACUUCAAGUGCUUUACAGAGGAUUUAAAAAUGAAUGUCCUAGUGGGGUUGUUAAUGAAGAGACAUUCAAACAGAUCUAUGCACAGUUUUUUCCACACGGAGAUGCUAGUAUGUAUGCCCAUUAUCUCUUUAAUGCAUUUGAUACUGCACAGAAUGGAUCAGUGAAGUUUGAGGAUUUUGUGACGGCGCUAUCAAUUUUGUUGCGAGGAACAGUUCAUGAAAAGCUAAGGUGGACAUUUAAUCUGUAUGACAUAAAUAAAGAUGGAUAUAUAAACAAGGAGGAAAUGAUGGAUAUAGUAAAGGCAAUUUAUGAUAUGAUGGGGAAGUACACAUAUCCAGUGCUCAAGGAAGAUGCUCCAAGACAGCAUGUAGAAGUUUUCUUCCAGAAAAUGGAUAAAAACAAAGAUGGCGUUGUAACUUUAGAUGAGUUCAUUGAAUCAUGUCAGGAGGAUGACAAUAUCAUGCGGUCCUUACAGCUCUUUGAGAACGUCAUGUAACAGCAUCUGGAGAAUGGUGCAGGAAUCAGAGACUUUGUACGUAAUGAAAACCUCCUUUCUGGGCAAAAGCUUUUUACAACUCGACCAUGUUGAACGCGCAAUGGUUUUGUAAGACAUCCCCACCAAGCUGUAUCUCAGAAUGCAACCAGCUCCAUCUCUCCUUCCCAAGAGACAUUGGAGUGGAACUUAUUUCAUCUUGGAAGCAUGCUAAUAUUUUAAUAAAAUUUGAGAGAGACCUCCUGCUUGAACUUUAAUGAAUAAUAUACAACAUUCUGUUUGCUAGUCACAAAUUCUGCUGCUUUAAAUAGAGCAAGCUUGAUUACAUAUGAUAAUACAAUGUCAAUACCUUGCUCCACCAUCUAUUGCAAGUGGAAGCUCACUCCAUACUGUUAGAGUCCAAAAUGUUGUUCAAAUAACUUCCUUAUUGGUUUUAACAGAAAACUAAUCUACCAUAACAGAUUUGUGAGGCUGUGAAAACUAACACCAAAUGCCCUUUGUUAAAUGGAGGGUCCAGUUCAUAAAAUCAGUUUACUCUAAUGUUCCUGAUCUUCCCCUCUCAUUCACUGGCACUACUACUCCACUGAACUUGGUGGAGUCAUUCCUAAUGUGGACCAACCAGAGGAGAUUCAAGCCAAUAGAUUUUAGAUAGGAUAAUGCACUUUUCCAUAUACAGUCUCUUCUGCAGAUUGAAUCUCACUGAGUAGUAUUAGAUUCCUAUAGCAUAAGAUAAAUUUUGAAUAACUGCAACUGAACAACUUCUACCAAUUAUCCGCUGCAGUAUUGCCACCAAUGAAGUGGCUUUCUAGUAUGUAGUAUGUAUUUCCCAUUGGGACCACUGCCAUAAGCCAUAGUCCUUUAUAUACUGUUUGGAAUAUGCUUCAUUAGUACAUCAUUUAAACAUUUGCACUUUUAGAUUGGAUUUAAAAGCAAAGUAUUUUCCUCUGUAUGGAUUUAUUUGACCUCUUGAUUUUACUCAGCAGUGCAAAAUAAAAUCCAGAUCAUAUAACUGUUUCCACAGACAGACCCCAGCAACCACACUGUGUCCUGCUGAUUUAAACAGGGGACAGUCUUUUCUAAGCCAGUUACAGGAUCAGGGUCUGAGCUGGGGUUAAGCCCCAGGUAGGAUGAGCUAACUGCAUCCCUUGUGUAACUUCCACUUCUACACUGUAAGUUCCUGGGGACAAGGGUUGGGGCAGUGACAGAUUUGUUUUGUAAGACUCGCCCCCGACCCCAUACAUUGUCAGUACCAAAAGACAUCAUUGGUUUUAUCGUCAGCCAAAGAUGGAUUUUGCCCAAUAGAUGAGCAGGCCAAAACAAUACGAUUUGAGAGCCUAGGGGUGUUGUACAGCCUGGGUUGCAGAGAGCAUUACAUGGGCUGAUACUGCACAGAGCAGUUGUGGCAGGCAGCAUGGGCGACUGGUGCCUCCUGACCCUCCAACAACCAGGGGGAGGGGUGCCCCCUGCAGCUGAGUGUGCUGACCUGGAAGCAGCACUCCCUCGAAACUGGUUCUAAGAGGGAACGCUGCUCAGAAGUGCCAGCGGCACGCCUGGAAGGGCCAGGGAAGUGCCAGCAGUACUUCUCCUAGUGCCCCUGCUCCCACCUGCCCUCCCACCCACUGCCUAAGUGGGGAAUGCUACUGAGAGGGGGUGCACCAGUGCUCUCAGGGGGUGCACGUGCACCCCUUUGCACCCCCUACGUAUCGCCACUGGCAGGCAGCCAUCUAAAGGUAGAAGAACCAAUAAGGGAAAUCAAGAACAACCAACCUCUUCAGUUACUUGAGCCACACACAAAGGAGGGCCACCCAACACAGUCCAUGAUUGCUCCCCUACAGAAAAUGUGUAUUUUUAUUAUAUCAGAUAUUAUAUAACAAUGAUAUUGACAGCACUGAAACUAUAUUUUAAAUAUUAUAAGUGGAAGCUUUUUAUAAUAGACUAAAUAUAUGGAAUGAGCCCUAUAUUUUAUAAAAUAUAUCAACCUACAGAUAAAGAAAUAGAUCUAGUUGAUAUAAGAGUGAUCCUCUGCUUGCAUCUCAACCAAGAACUUUCCCCUCCUGCAUACGCUUACAUGUCUGCUUAACUUGUCUCACCUGAGCAGUUGCAUUGCUGUUCAAGUGAGAAAAGUUAUAUGCCUGCAAGAUGGAGGCUUUAGUCUCUCUCUCUCUUUUUUUUAUUCCCUUACACUGAACACCACCAAUGAAUUUAUUCUUAUAAAUGAUAUAGAAUAUAGCAAGUCCCAAUCAUGUGCUGUGACUUUCAGAGUGGUGAUAUGUCACAAGUAUAGUAUAGUCAUCCAGUUGUGCUAGUCAGGUUCUAAGAGGCUCUUGAUGAAAGUAUGCUGUAAAUCCAAAGCAAAAUCAAUCAGGACAUUUAUCCUAUUGCCUCUUAAUUUUCUUGCAAUUCCACCUAAAAUUACAGAAGCCUUAGCUUGUUUGUUUUUUGUACACACCGAUCAGCCAUGUAUUGUCAAUCUGAUUGACUAAUUUCAACUAAAGGGAAAAAAAGCCAAAUGAAAUAGGAAAAAGUGGGUUUUGUGACAACCCAGCAUGCCUCUUCUGUAAUGUGCUGUAUCAGCUAUGCCUCAUGAAAUGGUAGGUGCAGCCUGCUGACUCCUUGCAAUUUAAAGGCGCAGUACACAAAAACGAUUCAUGAAAGUUUUCUUUUACAUACAUCACAGUCACUGCAGCCAAAUUAAUUUCUGGGGUAACUCCACUGACUUCUAUAGAGUUACAUCAAUACUGAAUGUGGCUCGAUGCCACUUUUGGGUAUUAAACUAUCAGAAGUGCUUCACCUUCAUGUCAGCUGAAGAAAGAGCUGUAAUGUAUUUCUUUGUUUUGAUGUGUUUCCAAUAUCACUGUGCUGUACUAGCUGGGAUAUGUUAUUCCUGUCCUGGUCUUUGUAAGUGCUGUCUGCUGAGUAUGGCCCCUAUUCAGCAAGAUGUAUAAGCAGUCAGCUAGUCCCCUUUACUCCACUGGGUUCACUUGUGGACUAAGAGCUUUGAUCAAUUUGAGCCAGUUAGUGGCACUGCUGCUUUUCCUUCUAUUUGGGGGACCCAAAAGCUCCUUGUUCUGUAACUCUUACCAAUGCCUGUGGUUUCUGCAUAUGUGGGGUAACUACAAAAUACAAAGACCUGAUCCUGCUCCCAUGGAAAUCAAAUGGUAUAAUUCUCAGUAGCACAAGUGGAUGUGGGCGAGCAAGGCACCAGCCCUAAACAUUGACUUAGAGAGGGCUCAAGACUGGCAGUUGCCACCACUACUCCUGCUCAAAGAGCAAAAAUUGCUUAUUACACCUCUGAUACUUCCUUUUUAUUUUGGUCAUGCAGGAAUGGGGCCCAUGAGAGUACGAUGAUGUUUUACCUUGGGUUACUACCUCUCAGUUCUAAUUAAUAUUAUUGAUGGUUGAGAUAGGAUGAUUUGCAGAGUGACAUAACUGACAGCUAUAUUUUCAUGUACGCUUUACAGGGUAAUUGAUGCCAUUGCCCCUUUAUUAAAUCACUCUAGUUGUAAAUUCAAACUGUGACAGAAUAGCCUUCUCUAGGAAACCACGCUUUAGUGUUUGUAUGUGAUCCCAUGCUUUAUUUAGCAAAGACCUAUCCAUAAGCUGGUAUGCACUGAUGCACAGUAGGCCACUUUGUGAGCUGUGUAUACAGCAUGUGUACUCUGACUAAUGGAUGAAAGAUAUCCAGUAACUGUAAGAGAAUUGUAUUCUGCAUGGAAAUGUCUUUUGGUUUUGUUCUUUAUGUUCUCAGUGAAUGUUAGUUUGUAAACUUGCAAACCCUUCCAUGGUUCAUAAAUGAGGCUUGCAAUAUUUAUGGCAAAUACUACUACAGCUUAUUAAAUAAAACAUACUGUGCCAGUCUGAUCUCAUCCCAUCAUAAAUCAUACUGCCAGAAUGUGGAAAGUGGUUACCAUGCUGACUUCUAAGUCACUAUUAGAAUAUCCAUCAGUGCUAUCAGUUGUACAGAUUUUCUCAAAGAUGUAAAUAUCUUAUCAAUUUGUCUGACUUGUUUGUUUAGUUAUAAAUGUUAAACCACAUAAUCACGCCAGCAAUUCUUCAAAACAUUUAUAACAUGCAUUUUUGGCAAAAAUCUGUUAAAAAUAGGAUUGCUAUUAUUGAAGAUGCAAAAAAAAAAAAAUGUAAUGUGUCUGUCCAUGUUGAUGUUAGUUUUCCUGUUACUUUGAAAGCACUACAGUAUUGUGAGUAAACAUGAAUAAUGCCAGAUGUGAUCCCCUUGGUAUCAUAACAGAAACAGAAUAAUGAUACCACUGAAUUGUGACAUAUGUCAGCAUGUGAAUUAUGACCUGGGGGAAGCAGUAUGACAAUAUUUCUUCAUUGUGGAAGGAUCUUAAGGAAAUAUGGGCAAAAAAUAUAAAUCAUGAUAAGUAAAGCCAUUUUACUAGAGCAGCAAUGCAUAGUUUCACUGUUACAAUGCUAUUAUCCAAUGGCAAUUUUUAUGAUAUUUUGUUGAAUGGUUUUAAAGAUUUUUGUUUUAAUAAUAAAAUUAAAUAUAUACUGAAGGGUGUUCUUUUGUAGCCUAGGAGCUAAUCAUUUCUUUAAGGGAUACGUUCAGGCUUAAAAUUCUGGGUCAGGUUUUUAAAUGCAAGAUUCUGUUCUGAACAUGCACAUCUGUGUGUGUAUCUUGGCAGUGAACUGCUGAAUGGGUGCUGAGAACAUAAUAUUUUCAUGUUACUUAGACAUUCGUAUAUCUAAUUUAGAAAUAUUCAUGUGGGGGCAGUGGCAGGUGCCUCAUUCUGAGAUAUUUUAAUAAAAGUUGUACCUGGA